AUGAAUGAAUUACCUUUCAAGUUAGUCGGCAUGACUUAUGAUGAGUUGUUGCACGAGAUCGAAAAUUUGGACGCAGAUCCUAUACCUUCUGAUUCUGAAUCAAUUAUGGAUGUAUCUGAAGAUGAAUAUGAAAUUACAGAAAGAACCAAUGCUGAUUUGAAUAUAGCAGACACCGAUAGCGAUUCAGACGACGAACCACUUGCAGUUUUACAAGCACGGUUACGUGUACUAUCCAGUACCAGAGAUUGGUCAACCAGUACAUCACCAAAAAGCCCUGAAGAUUUUGUUGCCGAUUCUGGAAUCACAAAUAUAGUGAAGGAUUUAGAAUCACCCACACCUGGGAAAUUAUUUCAGCUGUUUUUUGACGAUGAUUUGUUAGAUUUAAUUGUGUUUGAGACAAAUUUGUAUAGUCAGCAAACAUCUAUCAAACCCAAAACCACAAACCGCACGGAAAUCAAAACUUUUCUAGGUAUCAAUUUACUAAUGGGGCUGAAGAAAUCACCCAGCUAUAGAGAUUACUGGAGUUGUUCCCCGGAAUUUCGCGACUCGUAUAUAAGCUCCUUGAUGCCUGUAAAACGAUUCAGUUUGCUUCUUUCCAAUAUCCACUUGAAUGAUAAUGCAAUAAUGCCAAAAAAGGGUGAAGCUGGUUACGAUAAGCUGUAUAAGCUAAGGCCUUUGCUAACAGCAUUGUCUCAAAAUUUUGAACGUUGCAUAAAUCCAACCAGGGAGGUAAGCAUUGACGAAUCAAUGAUUAAAUACAAGGGUAGGAGUUCUCUGAAGCAAUACCUUCCCAAAAAACCGAUCAAGAGAGGGUAUAAGGAUCCCACAGGUUUUACAGAAGUUGAGAGGAAAAACAAAAAUGGUGUCAUUGAGAAAGUCCCCUGUCCGAUUGCAUUGAUCGAUUAUAAUCAGAACAUGAACUUUGUAGACAAAUUCGAUCAAAAUCUUAAUGUUUAUAAGAUUGACCGGAAAGCAAAGAAGUGGUGGCACCGCAUUUUCUUCUAUUUCCUCGAUGCAGCACUUGUAAAUUCGUUUGUCUUAUAUAAAGAACUUAACAUGCCAAAAUUGUCAAUGAAGGACUUUAGAAGAGAGGUGAUUAAUUUCUUGGUUGCAGAAACCAUCGUGGCAAAAAAAAGACAAUCAUCUUCAUCUACUGGUGUGGCUAUAAAAAAGCAAAAACCAUAUGUGCCUGUGGAAGUGAGAAUCACUGAGAGUGCGCAUCAACCUAAAAAGGACACCAGACGCCGAUGUGCUAGGUGUAGCACCUCAAAAAAGCAGUACGAACAUGGAACAGUAAGCAGUCACAUCACCUGCAACAGUACUUUUUAUAGAAAAGCCUUAGUAUACUGUGCUAUCGGAAAUGAGCGGUUGGCUAAGAUUGUCUUAUGA